AGAGAGAGAGAGAGAGAGAGAGAGAGAGAGAGGCUUUCGUUUUGAUUUCCUUUAUUUUCUGAACUACUCUCACGCUCUCACUCUCUUUCACUCUCUCCUCUUCCCCCUCGGUUUCAUCGACGUGACGGACGUCUGUCUUCCGUCAAUUCUUCUUCAAAACAAAACCCCAAAGAAAGCAUCUCCAAACCCUCCCCCCCUUCUCUCUCUAUCUCACUCUCACUCUCUGUACCGUGUGUGCGUGUGUGAUUCGGUUUCUUUCCACCCCGAAGAGAAAUGACGUCGUUGCUUCCAGCUGCCUCUGCAAUAACUGCAGCAGCUUCUGCAUCCAAAGCGACUACUUCAUCGUCAUGUUUGCACUUGGACCAACUCCAUUGCUGCCACUCAAUGGUCUCUUUUCACCAUCCUUUGAAGCCGAAGCUUAGAGAUUCGAUCAAGGUUCAACUAUCUACUUGGAAUCAUUCCACGGUGGUCAAGGCCCGAUCAAAUGAGGUUGCUGUCGAUGGAUCCUCAAAUGCCACAGCAACUCCAGCAACCAAAUCGGAAGUACCGGCAUCAGAGGAAAAGAAUGCUAAGCCAGUGGAGGAGCCGUCUCAUGCAGCUUUGGCCACAGAAGAAUCAAUCUCUGAGUUUAUAAAACAAAUUUCAAGCCUUGUGAAGCUAGUCGACUCUAGGGAUAUUCAGGAGCUGCAGAUGAAGCAACUGGACUGUGAGUUAAUUAUUCGAAAAAAGGAGUCCUUGCCUCAGCCACCAUCUCCUGCUCCUACAGUCAUUAUGCAUCCUUCUUCUCCACCACCUGCAGUUGCACCUACACCUUCUGCCCCUGCUCCUUCUUCAACCUUAGCCCCUACACCCUCUCCACCUCCUGCUAAGUCACCCAAGUCAUCACUUCCUCCCCUUAAAUGCCCCAUGGCAGGAACAUUCUACCGGAGCCCAGCACCAAGUGAACCUCCAUUUGUGAAGGUUGGGGACAAAGUUCAGAAGGGACAAGUUCUGUGCAUCAUUGAAGCCAUGAAAUUGAUGAAUGAAAUUGAAGCUGAUCAAUCGGGAACAAUAGUUGAGAUCCUUGCUGAAGAUGGCAAGCCUGUUAGUUUGGACAUGCCUCUGUUUGUAAUCCAACCGUAGAAGUUCUAGCUGCCCAUGGAGGGGACAAAAAAAAUUCGGUGUGAGGUGGUGGAAGGUUUUCUUGGUGAGGUAGUGAAGUUUGUUUAGUUUUCGGCAUUUUUCUUGUGGUAGGAUAUGUUGCUUAGGGGGAUGAUAGGUAGACAUUAAGACUUGGAAGAAGAUACAUUUUCUAAUUCGUUAGUUUUACUAAAACUGUUGCCUAUAUGAAAAGGGACAAUUUCUCCCCAUUUUCCUUGAAUGAUCCAUCAUUUGUUUCUCUAGUAUUACCUGAAACAGAUAUGAAGCAAACCUAGGAAUAUUUCAACAACUUUUUCCCUAAAAAAGUAAAGAACUUGAUUCUAUUUCCACA